AGACCCUCAGAAAAAGUCUGAUGUUGCCAGUGUUGAAUCUGCAAUGAAGAAUCAACCAGACCUGAAAUCCAUAUUCAUAUUGCUUGAGGAGAACAUUGUCACCUUCAUGACAAACGAGCUGAAAAAGAUUCAAAGGAUUCUGAGUCCAGAUUACACAGACUGUUUAGAGGAUAGGAGUGUGGAGGAGGAGGAGGAGGAGGAGAAGGGAGACAGUAUGGAUGAACAGCAGAGGAGGAGCUGCAGAGAAGCGUUUCUGAAGAUCACACUGCACUCUCUGAGGGCAAUGAAGCAGGAGGAACUGGCCGAUUCUCUGCAGAACAAAACUCAUGUCAUCAUCUGCCAGCGUAAACUCAAAUCCAAUCUGAAGAAGAAGUUCCAAUUUUUAUUCGAAGGUGUCACUAAAGCAGGAAACCCAACCCCUCUGAAUCAGAUCUAUACCGAGCUCUUCAUCACAGAGGGGGGAACCGGAGAGGUCAAUGACGAACAUGAGGUCAGACAGAUUGAAACAGCUUCUAGGAAAACAGCUACACCAGAAACAACAAUCAAAUGUGAGGACAUCUUUAAAGCCUCACCUGGAAGAGAUAAACCAAUCAGAACAGUGAUGACAAAGGGAGUGGCCGGCAUUGGGAAAACAGUCUUAACACAGAAGUUCACUCUGGACUGGGCUGAGGACAAAGCCAACCAGGACAUACAGUUCACAUUUCCAUUCACUUUCAGAGAGCUGAAUGUGCUGAGAAGGAAGAAGUACAGUUUGAUAAAGCUUCUUCAUCACUUUUUCUCUGAAACCAAAGAAGCAGGAAACUACAGCUUCAACAAGCCCCAGGUUGUGUUUAUCUUUGAUGGUCUGGAUGAGUACCGACAUCCUCUGGACUUCCAUCACAAAAAAAUCCUGACAGAUGUCACAAAAUCAACCUCACUGGAUGUGCUGCUGACAAACCUCAUCAGGGGGAAACUGCUUCCCUCUGCUCGUCUCUGGAUAACCACACGACCUGCAGCAGCCAAUCAGAUCCCUCCUGAGUGUGUUGACAUGGUGACAGAGGUCAGAGGGUUCACUGACCCACAGAAGGAGGAGUACUUCAGGAAGAGAUUCAAAGACACAGAGAUGGCCAGCAGACUCAUCUCCCACAUUAAGACAUCACGAAGCCUCCACAUCAUGUGCCACAUCCCAGUCUUCUGCUGGAUCACUGCUACAGUUCUGAAGCAUGUGUUAAAGACCGGAGAGGAAGGAGAGCUGCCCAAGACCCUGACUGAGAUGUACAUCCACUUCCUGGUGGUUCAGUCCAAACUGAAAAACGUCAAGUAUGAUGGAGGAAGUGAGACAGAUCCACACUGGACUCCAGAGAGCAGGGAGAUGAUUUUGUCUCUGGGAAAACUGGCUUUUGAGCAGCUACAGAAAGGAAACCUGAUCUUCUAUGAAUCAGACCUGAUAGAGUGUGGCAUCGAUAUCAGAGCAGCCUCAGUGUACUCAGGAGUGUUCACACAGAUCUUUAAAGAGGAGAGAGGACUGUACCAGGACAAGGUGUUCUGCUUUGUCCAUCUGAGCGUUCAGGAGUUCUUAGCUGCUGUUCACAUCCAUCUAACUUUCGUCAACCAUGGUGUCAAUCUGCUGCUCGAGAUGCAAUCCAAAUCCAAAUGGUCUGGACUAUUCAAGGAAACAUUUGCAAACCUCCAUCAGAGUGCUGUGGACAAGGCUUUGCAGAGUCCAAAUGGACACCUGGACCUCUUCCUCCGCUUCCUCCUUGGUCUAUCAUUGGAAACCAAUCAGGCUCUUCUCGAAGGUCUUGUCAAAAGAAGUAGCUCACAGAACAACCAGAAAACAGUCCAGUACAUCAAGAAGAUGAUCAGGAAGUAUCGCUCUCCAGAGAGAAGCAUCAAUCUCUUCCACUGCCUGAAUGAGCUCAAGGACAACUCUCUGCUGGAGGAGAUCCAACAAUACCUAGCUUCAGGCCGUCCUUUCACAGAUAAACUGUCUCCUGCUCAGUGGUCAGCCCUGAUUUUCUUCUUACUGUCAUCAGAAAAACAUCUGAAUGUGUUUGACCUGAAGAAAUUCUCUGCUUCAGAAGAAGGGUUUCUAAGGCUGCUACCAGUGAUCAGAUCCUCCAACAAAUCUCUACUGAGUGACUGUAACCUGUCAGAGCGAAGCUUUGCAGUCCUGGCAACAGUUUUAAGCUCCCAAUUCUGCAGUUUGAGAGAGCUGGACCUGAGUAACAACAACCUGGAGGAUUCAGGAGUGAAGCUGAUCUGCACUGGACUGGAGAGUCCAAACUGUAGACUGGAAACCCUAUGGUUGAAUCAAACCGGUCUCACAGAGACAUGCUGUCAGGAUCUCUCAUCUGUUCUUGCCUCCGAGUUCUCUACACUGAGAGAACUGUACCUGAAUCACAACAGACUGCUGGACUCAGGAGUGAAGCUGCUGUGUACUGGAUUGGGUAGUCCACACUGUAAAAUUGAAGGUCUCAGGCUGAGUUCCUGCAGUUUGUCAGAGAGAAGCUGUGAAUUUCUGGGUUCAGUUCUCAGCUCUGGAUCCUCCAGCCUUAGAAAACUGGACCUGAGUAUGAACAGUCUGAAAGAUUCAGGAGUGAAGCAUAUCUCAGCUGGACUACAGAGUCCACACUGUAAACUGGAGACACUCAGGCUGAAGUUCUGUGGUCUGACAGAGGAAAGCUGUGGAGUUCUGGCUUCAGUUCUCAGCUGGAAGUCCUCUUGUCUGAGAGUGCUUGAUGCAACCAAUAACUCCCUGCAGGACUCAGGAGUGAAGCAGCUGGCUGCUGCACUAGGAAGUCCUGGUUGUCGACUAAAAUCUCUCAGCCUGUCAGGUUGUCAGGUAUCACAGGAGGGCUGUGACUAUCUGGCUUCAGCUCUGAGCUCCAACCCCUUCUAUCUGAAAGAGCUGGACCUGAGCUACAACCAUCCAGGAGAAUCAGGUGUGAAGUUGCUUUCUGCUAAACUGAGGGACCCACUCUGCAGACUGAACACUCUCAGGGUGGACAAUGGAGGAGCCCAGAGGCUAAAACCACAUCUGAGGAAAUAUGCCUGCUAUCUCACACUGGACCCAAAUACAGCCCAUAUUGACCUCAUUCUGUCUGACGACAUGAGGGAGGUGACAGGGGUAAAACUUUCAGCACGGCAUGAUAAUUUCACAGGUCAAGUGCUGUGUAGAAACGGUCUGACUGGUCGUUGUUACUGGGAGGUCGAGUGGAAAGGAUACGUGUCCAUCGGGGUAACUUAUAAGAGAGUCAUACGAAAGGGUGAGGACACCAGGUCCUGGAUCCUGGUCUGCUCUAAAAAGAAGUAUACUCUCCUGCACAAUGGCAAAGAAGCAAAGGGACACAAACUUCCCUUUGUGUCCAACAGAGUCGGAGUGUAUGUGGACUGGCCUGCUGGCAUCCUGUCCUUCUUCGCAGUGUUCUCUAACAGACAGCUCUGCCUCCACACCUUCAACUGCACAUUCACUGAGCCUCUCUACCCCGAAAUAAGGCUCUGGUUCAGUGCUCAGAAUGUGCUGUGCUCAGCAUCAUUGUGUGACCUGUAGGAAAGAGAGAGAGCUCUGAGCUAACCAACAACUGUUGACAAAGUAGUUUGAGAUGUACAGAGCACAUAUAAAUACACUCUUAGAUGACAAAAAUAACUCUGUAUUAAAAGACAUGUUUGAUUUGAUUUGAUUUGAUUUAACCUUUAUGGUGACUUUGGGUCUUGGAAUAAGGCCACAUAGAUGUAGCUAUAAGGAAGACGAAGGAUCAAGAAAAAUAUCAGUAGUCAGGUGAUGAAGAAGGUAGAAAAGAACGUAAAGUUUAGAGCAUAAUUGACAGAGAAAAGGAAAGCUGUUGGUAAAAUCAAAUCCAAAAGUGUCCCUUGUAAACAUUGCGUGGCGUGUACAAGCUGACCAAUCAGAGCAGACAGGGUAUUCAGGAGGAGGGGCUUUAAAUUAAAGAGACAGGAGCUACAGCUGCAGAUGUGAGAUGAGCAGAUGAGCAUUUAAGCAUUUAAACCUUUACAUUUUAAUACAUGUUUAAGUUGUAAAAUGUCAUUUAAACACAGGCAGCUGCAAAAUAAGUGAUAUAGGAGACAUCUGUUGAUGUUUUCAGAGAUCACAGUUACUGUCUGCAGCCCUUUAAACUGAAUAUUAGUCAAAACAAUCAUACUGAUCACAGAAUGAGUGUUGGAUCACUUAAACAUGUUUUACUUCUGUGACAUGUGAUGAGCAAGUGAUCAACGGCCUGUUGGCCAUCAACUCAACACUCAAAUCCAUGUUGCUUUUUUAUAUUUGAUGUUGUAGUUUUUGUUUUUUUUGUUUUUUUUUUUGUUUUACAUAUAAUAUGUAAUUUACUGAGAUUGGUGGUCAAAGUGAUUCUGUGGAUUUCAUGACUGUUUGUCCUGUUUGGGAUCAGUGACUCUGCUAUUAAAGUGCUGUCUGUGUGACCACACUGUGCAUUAUGUUGACUGUAUUCGUCAGUUUGAUCUUCUAGUGUUUAUAUAUUAUAUUUCUAUAUUAUAGAGUUUCACACUGACCUCUGGAGGAUGGUUCAGAGUGAGGGAGAGAACACAC